AUGACUUCUAACGGCAGUAUUCCGACGAUCAAUACCCCAUCAAUCAAUAUUCCACUACCUCCGCCAACCAUGAAUUUUCCGGAUGCCAAUGGAAAUGAAAUUCAACUGCCUCGAGUGCCAACGAAUGCAAGUAAAAUGACGAGAAGUUCGGAUAGAAUAGAACUGUUGAAGAUGGACUUGCCAGAAGAGGCCCCGCCUGAAGAGGAAAGGGUUGAUCCGGCUGAAGAGUUGAAGAAAAUUACCGAUUCAGAUCUGCCUCCGAUAGAGCCGGAUAAACAGUUGAGAUGCAUUAUGGACUGCAUUAUCCCGCCUAGGUAUCCAAAGCUUUUUUUAGAACCCUAAAAAUUGUGAUCGGUAUCAGAUCACAACUAUAAAAAAAUGGUCUUGAACUUACAGUGGGCGACCUGAUCCAGUGGCGAAAAACGUACCAUUUUGCAUCCAGGAGGUAUCAAAAAUGUGGCAAAAUGCUGCCCUCGCCAAGUCAAAAAAACUCGGGUUUCAAAAGCGCGCCAGCUUUUUUUUGUGAGGGAAAGUGCACGAAGUGUGUUUUCACCUGGAGAGGGAAGCAUUUUGCCACAUUUUUGAUGCUUCCCGGAAGCAAAAUGGAACGCGAUUUGCCACUGGAUCAGGUCCAUCACUGUAAAUCAGUAUGUCGGGAAAAUAAUGCGGAAGCGUCCGCCUUGGAAUUGCCUUUCAUCGCUUUGCGACGGGCAUCCAAGGCUGGAGAUCUGGUGGGCGACUGCGAGGCAUCUUGUUGCGAUAAAUCCACCUUAUUUUCCCAACAGAGUGAUAGUUUUCUGUCCUCGACGCACUCGAACAGAAGCGCUGUCUCCGAUCAUGCCACGCCCCCAAAAUACCCCAUUGUGAUAACUUUCAACGAUGAUCAGACCUGAACUAGGGUCUUCAAUUUUGUCGUUGCAACUACACUUUAUAGUUGGUCAGAAAACUUGUCGUAUAAGGGUACAAAUUGAACACUGUUCAAUUUAUUAUAUGUAGACAUAAUUUACUAGUUUUCAGAUAUCGCGACAUGGACGGGAAGAGCUGGAUGGAGAGAGCAUCGACGGUCCCAGCAACCCGCUUUGACAUGGUGGGACUGCAGGAGAAGUUCGAAAAUGAACUGAAAACCAAGCAUGCCAAAGCGUUCGGGAUCUGCCCAAUCAGACGAAGGAUUUACGACGAGUUGUUUGGUAUACGGUUUUCAAUAGUAAUUUUCAUUGAACUUUUAGACGAACUAAUCCGUCAAGUGACCAUCAACUGCGCUGAACGAGGACUGCUGAUGUUGCGAGUGCGAGACGAGAUCCAUCUCACAAUCCUGUCGUAUCAAAGUCUUUUAGAAAGUGCCAUAGCCUAUGGCGUGCGGAAAGCGAUUGUGGUGGAACAGGAGCAACAUCAAGCUGUUCGCAAUCUGGCAGAGGAAAAGAUUUUGAAUCAGAAGUUGACGGAGAGGGUAGGCUUGUAUUUUGACCGUAUAAACAACAUUUUUAUAUCUCAGAUAGCGGAAUUAGAGAAGACGUUAGCGGAGGAAAAGACGGUUCGCGUUGAAGAGCUGAAAUUGCUGGAGCAGACCAUGAAAGACGAGAAUGAGCGGCUGAAUGAGUCAAAUAAAACGUUGAAAGUAAGUAAGGCACAACAAUAAAUACAAAGAUGACCGUCAAGACCCUGUAAAAGAAAAUGGACUUUUUUAUUGGAGAGGGGGAUUAAUUAACAACCUUUGUGGCCAAGGGAGUGCGCGAAACGAGGAGAGUGGUCACAGAAAAAACGCGUUUCAACCGUAUCUGCCAGUUUCGAGGGGAAAAACUUAUAAUUUUUUUGUACGAAAAAACAUUACUCUCCAUGGUAGAAAUAACGUAAUAUAUCAAUUUGUGCCAAGCUUCAUCAAAGUAUGAGGGUCACAAUUUUGGUAUUUCUUCAAUAAGUUCCAUCAAGAUUUCCCCCAGAGCAUCUUAGCAAUACCACGAGAAAAUAUUUACCUAUGCUCACAAUUUUUAACUAUGCUUUCAGAUGCACCUCCAAGCAAUUUUACAAAUGGAUCAGCAACUCAUCACUCAACAGCAAAGUCUCAGCGAUGCUAUCAAAAAUUAA